AUGCCGGUGAAAUUCCAAUAUCCGGGGCUGGACGUGGUGGCUGGCAAUGUGGUCACGCCCAAGCAGGCCCAGCCGCUGAUCCAAGCAGGGGCAGACGCUCUUCGGGUCGGCAUGGGCAGCAGUAGCCUGGAUUCUUUGCCAGAGGCACCUGCAGUGGGGCGACCGCUUGGCAGCGCAGUUUACCACGUAGCUCGUUAUGCCAGCGAGUUCAAGGUGCCCGUGAUCGCAGAUGGAGGCAUUGCCACCAGUUCAGCGGCCACCAUAGCCUUGGCGUUGGGCGCAUCUGCCGUAAUGUGCGGUUUUUUACUUGCUGGAACCACCGAAAGUCCUGGCGAUGCCUUCUAUCACGAUGGCAUGAGGAUGAAGCUCUACAAAGGCAUGAGCUCACUGGAGGUGGUUCCUUCUCAAUUGGAAGCCAAAAAAUACAGCCGGCAGGGUGAGGACAGCGGCCUAAAGAGGUUUGAUGGCGGCUGCUGUUGCGCCGUGGUUGACCGAGGGCCUGCGAAACCCCUCAUAGCAGCCAUGCUGGAUGGCGUGAGAAAGGACUUAAAAAGGUUGGGUGCCCAAACUGUCAAGGAACUACACGAAGAUUUGUAUACCAUGAAGACUCGCUUCCAGGUCCGAUCUGCGGCCUCCUUUACCGCAGCCCGAAGAGGUGUUUUCGCAUGA